ACAUUUCUAGAGUAAAUCGACGACGGAAAACGUACUUUAUCAUUAGUAUGCUGUAUAUGACUUACAAAAUUCAGUUUAGUUGACAGGGAUUUUCUAGCGCUGCUUCAAGUAUCUGUGAUCAACUACUUUGUGCUUUUUUAUCGAAAGAAAUAUUUUGUGAUAUAGAUUAUUUAUAUAUAUUUUAACAGAUCUUAUUCAAUAUGAACAUGAAUCAAGAGACACUCCUGAAAAUUGUUUCCAUCCUUUUCACGGCACUGUUACAGCUGCCAGUGUCCUUGUCAUUCAGGGGCAUACCGUUCAGCGGAUUAGACAAGCUAAUGUUAGCAAAGAGGGGCGAAACCGGAGACUGGAGGGUUACAUUCAAAGGCAAGGAGUUCUCCAAGAACACUUACGCAACUCGACACGAGGACAUUGUACUGGAAUGCGAGGCCGGUGGAAGUCCGUCACCGACCAUUCAUUGGUUGAAAAAUGGAGAAAGAAUUCAACAGGGAAUGUCACGUGAUUAUUUGGACGAUGAGGCCUCCUACGAGGAAACGGUGAACAAGGACAGCAAACCCAUGCUGAGAUUGGGCAAAGUGAAAUCCAAGCUUUUCUUAGACUGUGUAUCAGAUAGAGACGAGGCUGAAUACACAUGUGUCGCAGAAACCCCAUACGAACGCAUUUCACAGUCUACAUUUUUGAAAAUGGAUAACACCUUAUCCGCACAGUCAAGAGCUAAUUGCUUGACGAAAAAGGCUUUUAGAGGUGAACCAGCAAGAAUUCAUCUUUGGACAGCAGUAAGAGUAGAGUUUACAGGAGCUGCGGUGCAACUAUUUUGUCGCGCGGAAGGAUAUCCUGCACCAACUAUAUCCUGGAGAUAUUCAGCUCAAGGAGAAAAGAUUGAGGAUGACGACAGUCACACAAUACUACCAAAUGGAGACCUCUUGAUCAAACACAUCACCUUCAUGCAAAAUAUGGGGGAUUACUAUUGCACAGCUGAAAACGAGGCUGGAAUUGAUGAGGUUUCCACGUUCCUUUAUCCGACAUCGCCAUGAAGAAAUUUUCACGAGGUCUUUGGACAGUACGACACUGCCUGUCGGACACAAUUUCCCGCCUUUUCUCAACCAAGAAUUUGUUCUUCUCAUGCCUUAGGAAAACAUUUCCAGCUGAAACUAUCCAUGCCGGACGAGAACACGCGGGGAACGUGUGUGUACAGAUGGGGGACAAAAAAUCUCAGUUUUUGUUGACAUCAGUAAUUAUUGUUGUUGGUGUUGUUUUUGUUGUUGUUAUGUUAUGGUGCUGAAGAGAAAACGUGCCAGUGUUCAUACACACGUGUGUAUGCGAACUUAACUAGAACUCCUACAAACGACUUUUUUCUUUUAGAAAAGGAGAAAAAAAAACUGACUUUUUGUGUUGCAUUUUAGCAAUUACAGCAAACUUAUUGUGUUCAAAGUAGAUCUAGCAAUGAUUUGUCAAACAGCUUAUUUAUGUGCUACGUUUCAUGAACAUUCAUCAGCUUUCAUCUUUGUAAUACUCCAGUUGUGCGAGCGCAAGGUAUUUCACGGGGUAAAUUGAAAAGGAAAACAUUUUUCACCUUUUAAAUUUGAAAGGGUGCAUUUUUCAAUAUGGAGCAUGUAACACGUGAAACUUACACUUUUCAUGUGAUUUUGAAAGGUAGUUUUUUCUAUGUUCUGUAUCCAUUUAAUUUAUUCUAAAUUUGUAGCACAAUUUUAUGUCUCAUAGUAUUUACCAAACUCCAUGCAUAAUGUUUUCUGAUUUUUAAGUCUAAACUGAAAAUCCAUAUUCAUUAACUUGCUGUAAAUACACAUUUUCUUUUAUUUAUUUUAUUUAUUCUAUUUAUUUCAUUUUAUCACUUUUUCGUCUUGAUUUCAUAAAAUCUGUUGAAUGAAACAAACUUGCAUAAAUAUAUUGACAUGUCUGUUAUUGUUUCUUGCAUUUGAAAGAACAAGCAAAAAGAAAAAAAAGAACCUAAA